CGACAUGUGGCACCACUCAAUAAUGACGCGUGCCAGAGCCAAGUCCUGUUUGCCCUUAUUUCUAUGUCAAAUCGACGUGAUAAGCACAACAAAUUCUUCGGAGCCCCUAGACUUUUGCGAAUGGGGGUCUAUGAUCCGGUUGCAAGCUCUCCACUGUGGCUCAAGAACAAGGGAUUGACAAUAGGCUCGGUCGCGUUUCAACAGAAAGAAAACGAUAGACCGGUGGCCAAAGUGCCUUAGAGCAAACAAUUGUCUUCUUCAUUUUCCUAGUUCAAUUUUCCUGGUUUCCUCCUGUAAGAGGCUGAUGCUGCAAUGGUGCUAUCGUUCGCAUCCAACGUUCCAAAUUCGAUGAUCUUUCGUGGAGCUGUCUCGACUUCUUCUUCCUUCUCUGGAAGCGAGAAGGACGAUAAGCAUUCGGACGCUCGAACUUAUGCUAAGCUUCUUAGCUCGUGCAACUCUCUGAAAGAUGGUAAGUCGUUGCAUGAAGCGAUUGUUAAGGAAAAGCUGGACAGAGACGUGUACUUACGCAAACUUCUUGUCAAGAUGUACCUCAACAACGGAAGUGCCCAACAUGCUUGGGAAGUGUUCAAGGAAAUUCAACCAUCCGUGGACGUUAUCCCGUGGACAACGAUUAUUGGAGCCUUCAACCGAGAAAAACUCCACGCAAAAGCUCUUGGAGUUUUUCGGUGCAUGCUACUACAAGGUCUGAAGCCCGACGCAGUAGCGUUUCUUCCGGUGCUCGAGGCGUGUGCCGCUCUGGAACGCUUAAAGGACGGGCUCCUGCUGCACGGCUACGUUUUAGAGGCAGGAUUAGUGGUCGACUCCGUUCUUGGCAACUCGAUCAUCAACCUGUAUGGAAAGUGUGGGAGCUUCUCAGAGGCACAAGAGGUGUUUGACCGGAUGCCACACAAAAACGUCAUCAGCUGGACUUCGCUGGUUGCGGCCUAUGGUCGGAACGGACUUCCGGACAGGGCUCUGGAGCUGUUUCAUUUGAUGCAGCUUCAAGGGGUGAGACCAAGCAGGAUUUCUUUCGUGACGGUGCUUAACAGCUGCGAGAGUUCGUUAAGUAUAGAAGAGGCCCGGAAGAUCCACAGCUGCAUCAAGGAAAGUGGCUGUGAGCUACAGAUCAUCGUCGGAAAUGCGCUCGUCAACAUGUACGCAAAGUGUGGAGUGCCUGAACAUGCGUUUCAAGUCUUUCACAGGAUGGCCGAGCGUGACGUUGUCACUUGGACGGCGCUUAUCUCCGCUUGGGCGUUACAAGGGAAAACGAUGGAAACGUCCCUGCUCGUGCGAGAGAUGUUGCUUCAUGGUGUCACGCCAAACCAUGUUACGUUCGUCACGGUUCUCAACGCUUGCGAGAAGCCGUCGAGCCUGGCCUUUGGGAAGAAAAUCCACGCUUUGGCUGUGGAAGCUGGAUACGAGCCGGAGCUGAUCGUCGGAAACGCUACCGUCAACAUGUAUGGGAAGUGUGGGAGCCUCGAAGAUGCCUACGCAGUGUUUGACAGGAUGCCGGCUCGAGAUGUCAUCACUUGGAACGCUAUCAUCUCGGCCUACGCCCAUCGGGCGCAUCACAGAGAGCCCCUCGUUCUCUUCGAGCGAAUGGAAGCCGAGGACGUGACUCCAAACAAAGUUACUUUCGUCACAGUUCUCUACGCUUGCGCGAAGCUGAAAGCUCUGGAAGAGGGAAGAGCAAUCCAUGCUCGAGUGUCCGAGGCUGGUUUGGCAUCGGAAGUUAUCGUCGGGACAGCGCUCGUCAACUUGUAUGCGAAGUGUGGGUGGCUGGACGAAGCUCGAGAGAUCUUUGACACCAUGCGACGGGAGGACGUGAUCUCGUGGAACUCCAUCAUCGGUCCUUAUGCCGAGAGUGGGAUGAUCGCACAGGCCAUGGAGCUGCUGGAGAAGAUGGAGUGUGAGGGAAUUCUUGCGGACGAGGUGACUUAUAUCAGCAUCUUAAACGCACUUUCCUCUCCCGAGUGGCUAGAACAAGGCAGGCUCCUUCACAGGCUGAUCGCCAAGAGAAAGCUGGGACUCAAAGCCACCACUGAGACGGCUCUACUCAACAUGUACGUGAGGUGUGGAAGCGUGGAGGACGCCGAGAAAGUUUUCAACGCGAUGGACCGUCACGACGUGGUGUCGUGGACGAGCAUGAUCCUGGGAUACUACCAGGCAGAGCAGCACAGCAAAGCUCUACGAGCUUACAAGAGGAUGCAGCAGAAUGGAGUGCUCCCGGACAAGGCAGCUCUCGUCACCAUCUUCAAAGUUUGCUCGAGCCCGGAGCUCAUAAGCGAGGGGAGAAUGAUUCAUGCUUCGUUGAGAGGAAACGAGCUCGAUAAUGACACUGAAGUUGGCAACGCAGCGAUCAACAUGUAUGGCAGAAGCCACUGCUGCGACGCGGCCCGCGAGACUUUCGACUCGAUGCCUCGACGAGACUCCGCUACCUGGGGGUCAAUCCUCACGACUUUUUCGCAGCACGACGAGCACGGCAAAGUGAUGGAACUCUUCGAGCUCGGGGAGAGACGGGGCGAGGCUCCCGUCCACACCAAGGCCGGAUGCCUGAGCGUCAUCCGUGCGUGUGGAAACUUGGGCGCUCUUGCUCGAGGCAGGAAGAUCCACAGCCAGAUCGAAGACGCGGCUGCUGGAUCGCUCAAGUCGUGUGGCAUCGUCGGGUCGGCUCUGGUGGAUAUGUAUGGAAGAUGUGGAAGUGUGGAGGAGGCCAGGAGCGUCUUGGACGGCUUAAGCAGCUCUCGGGACAUGGUGCUGUGGACGAGCAUGAUGGUGGCUUACGCACGAAACGCACAGGGAUGGAAGGCUCUCGAGAUUUUCUGGCUGCUUCAGCAAGAGGGUCUCAUCCCGGACGACGUCGUCUUUGUGGCACUGCUGUCGGCUUGCAGCAGCGUGGGAGCGAUCGACGAGGCACUCGAGUUCUUCGCGUGCAUGACACUGGAUUACGGACUGGAGGCUGGCAAGCAUCACUUGGGGUGCGUGAUUGAUCUCCUGGGACGAACAGGGCGGCUGGCAGAAGCGGAGGAGACGAUGAAGGCUGCCAAAAAGUUUAGUGACAAGGAAGAUGAUCCGGUGAUGUGGAUGAGCAUACUUGGUGGCUGUUCCAUCCAUCAGGAAGUGGAACGGGGAUGUCGAGCGAUGAAGAAGAUCUUUGGUCGGGAGGAUCAAGCUGCUGCUCUGGUUAUGCUUUCAAACAUGCAUAGAGUAUGAUUAUUGACAACUACUACAUAUCAUUGAGAUUUUGGGGUUGGUUAUCCCGCUAAAAAGCUA